UCCAACAGUUAAUAAGUGUUGAUGCAGCGUUAGGGUUCUUCUUGAAUAUAUACUCCUUGUAUCCGAUUUGUUGCUUCUUUGGGAUCGUGUGGGAAAUUUAUAUUCUGAUCGAUUAGGAUUUCAAAGAGAGGAUGAACUCUCCUACCUCACAGUUUGUCACUUCGAGAAGUAUGGGGAUGUUUGAACCGUUGCAUCAGAUGAACAUGUGGGGUGAUUUCAGGGGGAAUGGCUAUACAAAUACAUCCAUCACGGAAGUUAUGGAUUUCAACAUAAAACAUGACACUCAGUCUGAAGAAGUUUCGCUUGAAACACAAAGACCUUCAACCAAUUGUGAACUAGAAGCAUCUAAUAAACCUUUUGAUAAGGUGCAUAGACGCCUUGCCCAAAACCGUGAGGCAGCCAGGAAAAGCCGUUUGAGGAAAAAGGCGUAUGUUCAAGAUCUGGAAACAAGUCGUGUGAAAUUGCUUCAUUUAGAACAGGAGCUUGUUCAAGCUAGAAAACAGGGAAUGAUAAUGGGUGGUAGUAAUUUAGAUACAAGUUAUAUGGGAUACUCUGGAUUGGUUAACUCAGGUAUUGCUGCAUUUGAAACGGAAUAUGGAGAAUGGGUUGAAGAACAAAAGAGACAAGUUACCCAACUGCAGAAUGCGUUGAGUUCACAUGUAAACGAGAUAGAUCUCCGAACUCUUAUUGACAAAGGCAUCAAACAUUAUUCAAAUCUAUUCCAAAUGAAAAAGAAAGCAGCGGAAUUGGAUGUGUUCUAUGUUAUCUCCGGUCUUUGGAAAACACCAGCCGAAAGGUUUCUGUUGUGGAUAGGGGGAUUUCGUCCAUCCGAACUUCUCAAGAUUCUUGUGCCUCAGUUGGGUCUUGUAGAUCAACAAUUGUUGGAAGUGUAUAAUCUAGCACAAUCAUGUCAACAAGCUGAAGAUGCUCUAACACAAGGAAUGGAGAAGGUUCAUAUAACCGUGGUUGAGGCAGUUGCGAAUAAUCAAUUCGGUGAAGGAAAUCAUCUUAAACAGCUUUCUAAUGCAAUGGAACGGUUGGAAGCUUUAGUAAUGUUUGUGAAUCAGGCAGAUCAUAUUCGGCAAGAGACACUAAAUCAGAUAACUCGCAUACUUUCGACUCCCCAAAUAGCUCAAGCCUUGCUCGGUUUGGGAGAGUAUUGUCAACGCCUUCGUGCUCUAAGUGCACUUUGGACUACUCAAGCUCGCAACCAACCCUUGAGCUGCUGAGCCUUUUUUUUAUAUAAUUUUCUCAUGUCUGUUAUGUAAGGCACACAUUUUGAGAUGAGUUUGGGGUAAUUUUCUGUAAAUUCAGCAACCAGUCGUGUGAAAGUAAGUAAUUAAUACACAAUCUUGAAUAAUAAUGUAUAAGAUAAACCAUGAUGUUUAUAUAA